AAUGAGGGCGGUUUAAUUGAGCGUGGCGCGCUUUUCUGGUGGAAAAGCUCAGCUCCAUAAAUAGCCAAUCAUCAGUUAUGCCACAGCCACAUCAUAUUUUCCGUCAGAUGGAAAGGCAGCAUUAACUCGUGAUAGAAUCACAAUGAUUAUUUUGAUGAAAUCGAAAGCCGAAGCAAUCAGGGCAUAAAAAUGUUCUAAUGAAGUAUCACAGCACUUUGUUGUAAAAAAUUCUUAAUUUCAUAGAAAAAUAUGUAGGAAGCAUAAAUUUUACUUUCUUCAUUGGUAAUUGGUAAUUUUAAAAAUUACCAUCGUUAAAUGAAUAGGCUAUCCCAAAUUAUGUCACAAUGAAAAUUAUAGUUUUCAUUAAUUGUAAGUUAUUUUCGAAAAAUGGGGAAAUUCUGGUGAAAACAAAAUGACUUCCUAAAGCCCACGUCUACUUCAAAUGAAUGAGGAUUUAUGUCUUUCUGAGAUGACAGCCACCACGUCACUGUGAAAUAAGCUCAAAAUCUCUGAAAGCAGAGUGGUAAGGGGCUCUAAACACAGCUGGAUGUCAACCAACGUGAGAGUUAUCUGGCGUCUCAGACGAAAAUAGAUGAAAAUGAAAAAUGCCGGGGGAAGCGAAACACGAAAAGCGCGUUGCGUGGCCAGUCCCUCGUGGAAUAAAAUCAGUGGUUGAGAAGUUGAUUAAAACCCAGUGAAUAGUCCCACUGAUGUGCAAUGUAAAAUCAAACACAUUUGCCAACUGAAUUCAUCAACUGAUAUCGUUUCAUCAGCUACAAAGCAUUGGAAAAACUCGGAAAAACUUAUCAUCACCAUCACCGAAUUGUUUUCACCUAGGCAAUUAAUCGAAAGAAAGCCGAUAAAGAAGAAAUAAUGAAAAGGCACUAUGUACGGUCAUCGAUGCGGAGUAGAGACUCAUCAAGCACAUCAACAGGUUUACAACCUAGAGAACGAGUCAAGGAUUGCUGCCGUACCCUAGUAGCUUUCAUGUGCACACAGGUUGGUGUUGGCGGGCUAGUUAUUGGCUACGCUAUUGUCGGGGCGAUGGGUUUUAUCGCGAUCGAGACACAGGAAGAAUAUGCCCACGUAUCCGCUAUAAUAAAAUUACGGAGAAACUUCUCGGAGCAACUCUGGAAUCAUACAGCGGGAGAUAGAAAAGUCAACAUCAUCAAUAAGACAGCGUUUUACAGAAAUACUGAUUUUAUCCUUCAGAACUACCAGAGCAAUGUGGUGGCUGCUAUAAAGGGAGGAUACAAUAAUAAGACUGUCUUGGAGGUUUGGAGUGUCCCUGCUGCUCUCAUGUAUAGUUUGUCGGUGUUCACUAUGAUCGGUUACGGCAACAUGGUGCCUAGGACACCCUGGGGCAAGGGGGCAACUGUUCUUUAUGCCAUUUUUGGAAUCCCUCUUUAUGUGCUGUAUUUUUUAAACAUGGGCAAGGUACUGGCGGGGACAUUUAGAUGGCUCUACCGCUGGUUUCACGAGUGCACAGGAAAGAUUCGUCCAGGCCAAAAGAUCACCGUACCUUCGACCGCAUGUCUUUGGGUCAUAUCCGCUUAUGUCCUCGUUGGAACCAUAAUGUUUGCCCAGUGGGAAGGAUGGGACUACUUGGACAGCGCCUACUUUUGCGUGACAUCACUAUGUAAAAUUGGAAUGGGAGAUUUCGUACCCGGUGCCACGUUCGCCGACGUCGCCAAGGAUGGACACCUUAAGCUCGUCAUCAAUUUUAUUUAUCUGCUAUUGGGAUUGGGACUGCUAGCCAUGUGCUAUAAUCUCAUGAGAGAAGACGUCAAGGAGAAAGCAAAGGAGCUGAAGGCAGAUAUCAUAGAUGCAUUUGACGACUUCCGACAGAGGAUCAUAGCUUGUUGUCAUUCCGAUGACCUUUAAGCUUAUUAAAAUAUAAUUUAUUCUUUAAUGAAUAAAUUUAUGAAUGAAAGUUUUAAUGCUUUUGUUUGAAUGAUUGAGGGAAUAUUUUGCACUUUUAUUUAAGUAUCAAUAGACACUCAAUGUUUUCUCAAAGAAAAAAAAUUUGUGCUGUGG